CACAUAAGUAAUGUUUUAAUUCCCUUAGGCACUCAUACGCACAAUUUAUCAAACCUAAAAAUUGCACAACCAUUGUAAUAUUUUAAAAUAAUGGUUUUCAAAUGCCAGGAGGACAGUUUUUUGAAAGAAUUUACAACCAAAGUAGUGAAAUGCGAAGAAACUACAGAACCAAUAGUGGAGUAUGGUAAGGUGUCACAGUUUGAAGGUUACCAAAUAAUCUUGGAGAAUACAAUUCUCUUUCCUGCUGGAGGAGGACAGCCCCAUGAUAUUGGCUGGUUGAAUGAAAAAGAAGUUGUGCAAGUGUUACGCAAAGGAGAUGAAGCUAUACAUUUCACAAAGGAACCGCUAGAAGUUGGAACCAAAGUCUCACAGAAAAUUAAUUGGGAGAGAAGAUUUGAUCAUAUGCAACAACAUUCAGGUCAGCACCUUCUAUCAGCAAUCCUUGAGAAAGAACACAAUCUACCUACAACCAGUUGGUGGUUAGGUGCAGAAGAAUGUUAUGUAGAGCUUAAUAAUACCAAAGUCACUAAUGAAGUAAUACAAGCAACUGAAGAUAAAUGCAAUACUCUUAUCAGGGAAGCUAUUCCAGUGAAUGUAAAAUUCUGUAAAAUCAAUGAUCCUAAUUUAGAUGAGGCACAUACUAGAGGACUUCCGAAGGAUUGUAUUGACACAAUAAGGGUGAUUUGUAUUGGUAACAUUGAUGAAAAUAUGUGUUGUGGCACACAUGUAUCAAAUUUAAGUCAACUGCAAGUAAUAAAAUUACUUGGCAUUGAGCCAGGCAAAAAAGGCAAAACUAACUUGAAAUUCUUAGUAGGCAAUAGAGUUACAAAGACAUUACAACUGAUGCUGGACAGAGAAAAAGCAUUAACAGGAUUACUCAAAAAUGAACCCAGCAAGCAUGAGGAACUAAUACAAAAACUUCAAAAGAACCUUAAGAUUGCAAAUAAAAAUGUUUCAAACUUAUUGUCAGAAGUGGCUCAAUACGAAAUAGAGAAGAUAAAGAAUGCCCAAGAAAAGCCAAAAUUCAUUUUUAUGUUUAAAAAGGAUGCAACUCCAGAGUUCAAUAGAGCCGUUUGUAAAGGAUUAGAAGAAGAUAAUCUGUUUAUGUUCUUUGCUUCUCAAGAAGCAGACAAACCCAAAGAGGGGCAAAUAAUUAUACAAGGACCUGAAGAACACUGUAUAGUUUUAGGGCAAAAAAUAACUGAUAUACUAAAAUGUAAAGGUGCAUUUAAAAAUGGCAAAUACCAAGGAAAAGCAGGUGAUUUAACUGGUAUUGCCAAAUGCAAAAAAAUAAUUGAGAAUUACUUUAAUGAUAUUUCAUAGUUAAUAAAUAUCAAGUUUAUACUUGGAAAUCGAUUUUAUUUAAAUACCCAUUAAUCUUACAUUAUUUAUAAAUAAUAAAUGUAAUAAACAAUGAUAAAUGCUAUUAAAUAAAUAACAGGGAAUGACAUAAAUAAUAUUUAUCCCUAAGGUAUCCUGAAUGUAAAAAUCAUUAGCAAUGAUUUCAUUACACUAAUAAUAAUUUGCAAAACAACCAUUCAUAAUUUAUUAAAUGUGUGCUAAUAAUCAAAUUUUACUACUCUCAGUAUUUUAACAAUAAAAAUUAUGUAAAUAAUCAUGUGGUUACAUAUAUAUGGAAAAAGAUGCCUUUAAUAUUUCUCACUUAACCAUUAUAGAUUCUCUACGUUUUUAUUGGUUGUAGGAAAUGUGUACCUAAUAAUUAUGCAUAAAGAAUCAUGUCCACUUUCCUUACAUUAAUUGCCCUGCUGCAUGCUUUUAUAAAGGUCGCAUCUACCCUCCUCCACACAUAAUUGAAAUUAUUUUUGGCAUAUAAUAGAAACCU